AUGGAGAUCAUUGAUUUUCUUCAGUCCAACGAGUUCAGCGACCGUGUGAAGAGACUCCUGGACGAACGUCAUGUGCCAGGCCUUGCCCUGGCUAUUGUUCACCACGGCCGCAUCGCUUCAGCAGGAUACGGGAGUGCGUCCUUCAAUCCCCCACAGCCUUGCACACCAGACACCCUGUUCGAUAUUGCCUCUGCUUCCAAAUCCCUGACCGCGGCCUCCGUGGCCUUGUUGGUCGAGGAUGAUGAGCAAUACCCGGAGGUGCAGUACGACGCUCCUAUGUCGGCUUUGUUGCCCGAUGAUUUUGUCCUACAAGAUCCAGAAUCAACCGCAGGGGUCACUGUAGAUGAUAUCCUGAGUCAUCGGACAGGCAUGGCUCCUCCGCGGGCGAGUGCCCCGGAUACGGCGCGAUCUGUCACCCGGAAUUUACGACAUCUGCCUCUCGCUGCCCCCAUCCGAUCCAAGUACAUGUAUUGCAACAUGAUGUAUACCGUGGCAACGCAUUUGGUCGAAGAGAGGACCGGAUUAUCCUUCGCCGAUUUCCUGGAGGACCGCUUCUUCCGCCCGCUGGGCAUGGCUUCCACCAAUCUCCAGCCGCAACGAGCGCGCGAUCGAGGACUGGGCGACCGUAUCGCCACGGGCUACAGCUGGAAGGAAGAGCAGCGCGAUUACCGUGGGUUUCAGACGCCAGAUUGCCCCGAAGCUCAAGGAGCAGGCUCCAUCAUCACCAGCGUGAACGACUACAUCCGCUGGGUUAAAGCCAUGAUGCAUCGCGAAGGCCCGGUGACGGAGAGCCUCUACAAGGGACUUCUCAAGCCACGCUCCAUUGAGGACCCGGGGGAGGAGGAACUCGCGCCACAGACCUCCUUCACCCUCUACGCGGCGGGGUGGGAGAUCUACCAUUACCGGGGACACGCGGUGGUCUGUCAUGACGGCGCAGUCGCCGGCUUUGGCAGCACUCACUUUUUCCUGCCUGAGUUCCAAUUCGGAGCCGUGAUCUUGGGAAACUCAGACACGGCAAUCCCGGUGGUCACCAUUAUGGCAAGGAAGUUGAUUGACCUGGUUCUCCAAGUGCCUCAUUCCGAGCGCCCUGAUUGGCAUAGCAUUGAGUGGACCAGCUGGGAAAAAGAUGAUAACCCGAGCGAGACGGAGCUGCGCCAAAAGCUGUGCCCGGAUGUGCGCGAGCCUCAGCCUCAGCACUUACCCCUGAGCGCCUACGUGGGCCGAUAUAGGAAUUUGGGGUUUCAUGAACUGACGGUCAAGGCUAAGAAUGACCAGCUGUUUGUCGAUGCGACCGAUCGUUCCUUUGGGUUUGUACUGACCUUCGAUCAUGUCGGGGGACAGUCGAAGUACAUCGCGCGCCUAGAAGAUUAUCUCGACGGAUAUGAGGUUUUGAUUCCUGCUGAAUUUGUUUUGGAAAACGGUAAAGCUGUCAAGCUUGGGUUGGGGCUGGAAGAAGAGAUGGUGUGGUUUGCGAGGGUGAAGAAAGGUAGUGAUGCCUGA